UGGAAGUAGCUGGUUUGGAUUUAGAUCACUACUGUGACUUGCCUGACUUAUUUACUCAGAAAAGCAUGCCUGUUCAUCGAUGUAAUAUUCCCCGACAGGAAGAUCUCGAUAGAUGGCCACAUUUGCGCUAUAUUAAGAUACUGGAGAUAAUUUCCGGGGUAGACCUGUUGAUCGGGACCAAUGUGCCCAAGGCUUUAGAGCCAUGGGAUGUUGUUAGAAGUCAGGAUGGAGGUCCCUAUGCAGUAAAAACUAUGCUGGGUUGGACGGUGAAUGGUCCUCUCAGAGAGGAUUGUAAGACUGACAUUUUUGAUGUGCGUGUCAAUAGGAUUUCCGUGGCAAGAUUGGAUGAGCUGUGGGAACGUCAAAUGAAGGCUGAUUUUCCAGAAUGUAUUCAGGAUGAGCUGUUUGCUGAUCUUCUCUAGACAAAGCAGUUUAUGAAGUCAGUGAUGGACUCUGUUAAGUUGGUUGAUGGUCAUUACACCAUUGGUUUACCUUUUAGGUGCAAUCAGGUAAAAAUGCCAAAUAAUAGGAAGGCUGUAGAACAGCGAGCUAUGAGCCUUAAAUGGAAGUUUGUCAAGGAUGAUUCCUGGUUGUCAGGGCCAAAGUUUCUUGCUGAACCAGAAAUUAAUUGGCCAGUGAACCUUGAUUUUGGAAAGAUCUCUUCAAAUGAUCCAGAGAUUAAAAUGGUCGUUUUAGUUCAUGCUGUUGAUGCAAAUGAACACAAGAGUGCAUCAAUCAGGGACAUCAAGAAGGCCUACAGAAAGCUGGCUUUGCAGUUACACCACGGCAGAAACCAAGACGACCCGCAAGCCCUGGACAGGUUCGGAGACUUGGGGGCAGCCUAUGAGGUCCUCUCACAUAAGGAGAAAAGGAAACAGUAUGACAUGUAUGGAGAGUACGGGCUCAAAGAGGGUUACCACAGCUUUCACAGCGAUAUCUUCUCCAGUUUCUUUGGUGAUUUUGGGUUCAUGUUUGGUGGCAACCGACAGCAACAGGACAGGAAUAUUCCCAGAGGAAAUGACAUAAUACUGGACCAGGACUAGAAGACACUGGAAGAAGUGUGCUCUGUGAACUUUGUGGGUGGUGAACGUGAGUUGAAAGAGGCAGUGGAAGGA